AUGACUUCUCCAGACGGCAAUCCGGAGACAGCGUCCAUGGAGUUUAAACAGCUGUCGCUCAGACGGCAGCAGCUCCUGGAGAGGAAAAAAAUCCUUUGCAUAUUUCAGGAACUGAGGAAUCGCACUGAGUCUGGACAAACAGUGGAAGCUAAAAACAAUCAAAUUGAGAUAGCGCACAUUGAUGACAAGCUGAAGGAGCUGAGUGAAAUGAAAGCGGAGCUCCAGAAUUCCGUCCUCGCUAAAAACACAGACAGCACCAGACAGGCCGGUGUCAGCUCCAGUUUAGCCUCUACUGGUGUGAAAGUUUUAUUUGUUGAUCCUCCACCUAACAUACCUGCCCCGACAGUGAUCCUAGAUUUGGAAAACCUUCCACCGCAUCCAUGUCGGACAAAGUGCCCAGAAUGCCAGCAGUUCAUCAUGACAGAGACCGUGUCCACCGUCAGCAGCGUGACCUGGCUGGUGUGUUUCAUGACAGCUAUGAUGGGGUGUGUGGCCGGCUGUUGCCUCAUUCCCUUCUGCCUCCGAAGGUUCAAAUCCAUCACGCACCGGUGUCCUAAAUGUCGAUCAGCCAUUGUAACUAUUAAGAAGCUCUGAGGUGGAAGACUGAGGGCCAGUUAAGGAGCAC